GCUACACGGGGGAUCUUUGUAUUUGUGCAUGUGUGUAUGUGUUUAUGCACGUGUUCAAGGAAAAGGAGCAGCUCGAGGAACAGAAGCAGCUUGUGGAACAGAAGCAGCUUGAGGAACAGAAGCAGCUUGAGGAACAGAAGCAGCUUGAAGAACAGAAGCAGCUUGAGGAACAGAAGCAGCUCAAAGAACAGAAGCUGCUUGAGGAACAGAACCAGCUUGAGGAACAGAACCAGCUUGAGAAACAGAACCAGCUGGAGGAACAGAAGCAGCUUGAGAAACAGAACCAGCUUGAGAAACAGAAGCAGCUGGAGGAACAGAAGCAGCUUGAGGAACAGAACCAGCUGGAGGAACAGAAGCAGCUUGAGAAACAGAAGCAGCUCAAGGAAGAGAAGAAUCAGCUCAAAGAACAGAAGAGGCUUGAGGAACGCAAGCAGCUUGAGAAACAGAAGCAGCUUGAGAAACAGCGGCAGUUUGAGGAACAGAGGCAGCUUGAGGAACAAAACCAGCUGGAAGAACAGAAGCAGCUUGAGAAACAGAAGCAGCUCAAGGAAGAGAAGAAUCAGCUCAAAGAACAGAAGCGGCUUGAGGAACGCAAGCAGCUUGAGAAACAGAAGCAGCUCAAGGAAGAGAAGAAUCAGCUAAAAAAACAGAAGCAGCUUGAGAAGCAGAAUCAGCUGGAGGAACAGAAGAUGCUCAAGAAAAAGAAGAAGCAGCUCAAGGAACAGAAGCAGAUUGAGGAACGGAAGCAGCUUGAGGAACAGAAGCAGCAACUCAAGGAACAAAAGAAGCAGCUCAAGGAACUUAAGCAGCUUGAGAAACAAAAGCAGCUGGAGAAACAGAAGCAGCUGGAAGAACAAAAGCAGCAGUUCAAGCAAGAAAAGAAACAGCUCAAGGAACGGAAGCAGCUUGAGAAACAGAAGCAACUAGGACAGAAGCAGCAACUUGAACAGGAACUCAAGGAAGAGAACCAACAACUUGAGGAACAAGAUCAGCUGGAAGAACAGCAGCAGCUUGAGAAACAGAAACAGCUUGAGGUACAGAAGCUUGAGGAACAGAAGCAGCUUAAGGAACAGAACAAACUUAAGGAACAGAGGCUGUAUGAGGAACAGCAGCAGCUUAAGAAACAAAGUCAGCUUGAGGAACGGAAACAGCUUGAACAGAAGCACCUUGAGAAACAGAAGCAGUUUGAAGAACAGAAGCAACUUGAGAAACAGAAGCAGCUUGAGAAACUGAAGUUUCUUGAGGAACAGAAUCAUCUUGAGGAACAGAAGCAGCUUGAGGAACAGAAUCAGCUGCAGAAACAGAAGCAGCUUGAGGAACAGAAGCAGCUUGAGGAACAGAAGCAGCUUGAGAAACAGAAGCAGCUUGAGGAACAGAAUCAGCUUGAGGCACAGAAGCAGCUUGAGAAACAGAAGCAGCUUGAGGAACAGAAGCAGCUCGAGAAACAGAAGCAGCUUGAGAAACUGAAGUUUCUUGAGGAACAGAAUCAUCUUGAGGAACAGAAGCAGCUUGAGGAACAGAAUAAACUGCAGAAACAGAAGCAGCUCGAGGAACAGAAGCAGCUCGAGGAACAGAAGCAGCUUGAGAAACAGAAGCAGCUUGAGGAACAGAAGCAGCUCAAGGAACAGAAGCAGCUUGAGGAACAGAAGCAGCUUGAGGAACAGAAGCAGCUCAAGGAACAGAAGCAGCUUGAGGAACAGAAGCAGCUUGAGGAACAGAAGCAGCUUGAGGCACAGAAGCAGCUUGAGGAACAGAAGCAGCUCGAGGAACAGAAGCAGCUCGAGGAACAGAAGCAGCUUGAGGAACAGAAGCAGCUUGAGAAACAGAAGCAGCUUGAGAAACAGAAGCAGCUUGAGAAACAGAAGCAGCUUGAGAAACAGAAGCAGCUCGAGGAACAGAAGCAGCUCGAGGAACAGAAGCAGCUCGAGGAACAGAAGCAGCUCGAGGAACAGAAGCAGCUUGAGCAACAGAAGCAGCUGCAGAAACAGAAACAGCUCGAGGAACAGAAGCAGCUUGAGGAACAGAAGCAGCUUAAAGAACAGAAGCAGCUUGAGGAACAGAAGCAGCUUAAAGAACAGAAGCAGCUUGAGGAACAGAAGCAGCUUGAGAAACAAAAGUUGCUUGAGAAACAAGCUGCUGGAGAAACAGUAGCAAUUUCGCUGCGCCUCAAGACUUUUCAGUUCGAGUCCUGCAAUGGGAUGUUUGCUGACUUUAAGUCAUGAGUCUCAAUGCACUUGAAAGCUUCACAGGUAGAUUCAAUAAUACGUCGUUGGACUACCACCUUCUAACCACCUCAGUCAUAUAUCAAUAAAACGAACAUCUUAAUUUUUAAAGAUUACAUUUGUAAAAGGUUACAUCGCCGUUGGGGCGGGUUUUGUCGACAGAGGCCGGGGUUAAAUGCUGUUGGAUAACAUACAAGGUGAUCCGUUUAUAGUUAGCUCACUGAAUAUCAGGGAGACACUGCAGAGAAAACGUGUCCCACCAGUCUCAAUGCAUGCGUAACAUCUGUUCACACUCUGUGCGAUAUUGAGUCAUCGCUUUCGCAAUGUUCAAUUUGCUGUUGAGAAGAAUGUUAAGACGGUUAUUAAAAUUAGUCUAUCCAUGGAUCGUCCUGUAUUUGUCAGGGUGCACAAUAUCCACUUAUUGAAAAACUGUAUCUUUUACUUUGUAAUGUUGCCUUUUAAUAAAUGUUAUAUUCCAAAAGCACUGUAUGUUGCUCUCGCUUGGCGCUAUCCAAUUUCAAUCCUGACCCAGAUGUAACCAUGGCCCUUUCAAAAUACGGUCGUUAAACGUUGCUGUGUAAUUUUGAUCUUGUAUUGUGACGAGCGGGGGCUGGGUCGACUCGUGAUGAUGACGCCACAGGCCGGUGGCGCACACGUGGUUUUCACGUGGUGCACACGUGGUUUCCACGUGGCGCCGUGCACUGCAGUUCAAUUGAUACCAACAGCAGCAUCCAUGAUCAGUACACUACUCCAUCUCGGUGUUUGUUCCAAUGGGUCGCAUUCAAUUCUUUGACUACAAUUGCAUGACUUCUGCAGUUACCGUAUUCUAUACAUUACGGACUAAUGUUGAUGAUAAGGUGUGCUUAAUGAAGACACGUUUAAUCGACUGCCGACUACUUGCUCUUAGAUUUGGAUCACAAACAUCGUCAUUAAGAAAAUGGAACAAAAACGUAAAGGUGCACGAAGCAUGGAAAUGUGCAUGCUUGGAAACAAAUAUAAAGAGGAACACGUGAAACAGAUCACAGGACGCACGGUAAAGACAUGCUGUUAAGAAACUUAGGAUUGGUUCACGGGAAUUGAUGAUGGGAGUGGCAGCCACAGCAAGGAAAAUGCCCAAGAGGUGAGGAGUGCAGAUGAUAAUACCUCGAUAUACGAAGUAGAUGCCUUCUUAGAGCUUCGUAUAUUUAAACUUAGUAUACUGAACACCUUAUAACAUUAUUACGAGGAUGCGUUCCCAGCCUUCGGAAACUUACCAUAUUGUAAACAGACAAUUUAUAGUGAAAAUUACAUUAUGCAAUACCACGUGAUAAUUCGAAACUGACAGAUUGUCGAAUUUAUUACUUAUUAAUUUCAAUGUAUUUUGCAUUUUACUUUAUUUUUAGCUUUGUGUGUAAAAUAAUGGCUAAAAAUGUCAACGUUCGUUGUACCACAACUUUGUUUAAUCAAUAUACGCAUAUAGAGAUAUUAUUGUAUUG